AUUGGUCAAACCUUAAACAUCUGCCGUCCGACCGCGACAUGCGUUGAGGAUGUACGUGGGGCUGGCUGUGAGUCUUUCUCAGCUCCUGUGUAUUGUAUAACUUUUCAUCGCGGUGUCAAAGAAAAAGAUGCAGAUUCAACUGACUCAGGAAGUUCCAAAAGCUCUAGAAAAGAUCGCGGAUUUGCUGUGUAAAGAGGUGCCCGUCACGGUUCAGCUUGAAGCUGCGAAAGCUGAUGCGAACAUAGCCCAUGCCAAAGAAUGUGGAGCUAGCUCGCAGACUUCCCAGGAGUUCUGGAGAGACUGGAGGAAGAAACGGAAGCUGAUCUCUUACCCUCAAGCAGUUGUUAGGGUCGUGAGUUUGUUAUCUUCGGACGUGGAGGAGAAUAUUCAGGCACAAGCCGCGAGAGCCUUUGCCAAUCUAGCUAUGGUCAAAGAAAACAUGGUCGAAAUGGGCAGCACAGCCAGGAGUUCUGAAGAGGCUAGUCGAUUUGCUAGCCAGAGGAACAGCCGAGCAUGUGCAAAUUGAGGCUGCGAGAGCUGUAGCUUAUCUGUCUUAUGACGAUGAGAAUCUGAUCACAAUCGCAGCGUUUCCAGGAGCACUUGAAGGAUUGGUAGGCCUGUUGUCGAAAGACGUACCCUUGAGUGUGCUGAAACAAGCAGCUCUGGCUUUCGCCAACCUCGCUUGUGCACAGGCGAACAAAGGUGCCAUAGUCUCGUUUCCAGGGGCUAGGGAAAAGAUCGUGGGUCUGCUCGGUAAGGGGAUUCCUUCCAGUAUUCAAAUCCAGGCUGCAGCCGCCUUCGUCAACUUGGCAUGGGCAGGUGAGAAGAAAGUGCGAAUGGCAACUUUCCCUGGGGCUAUGGAAAGGCUCGCGGGUUUAUUAUCCGAUGAUGUGGACGAGAGUGUCCAGGCAGAAGUAGCAAGAGCGUUGGCAAAUUUGUCUUUUGGGGAGAAUGCUGUGAGGAUGGCGAAGAGAUUAUACGAAGAAAUUUUUAUUCUUUGCUAA